AUGCAGCAGUCAAAAAAAGUUAUUGAGAAAUUGCAAAUAUCACGUUACUUGACUGCAUCCACAGAUGUUACCGGAUCUAUAAGUAACAUUGAGUUGUUAGUCAAUGGUUUAAAAUAUAGUGAACAAAUUUUGAAUCAUUGGCGCUUUACACAUUCAUUAGAUAAGGAAGUGGAUGCUGAUUUCAUGAAUUUUAAUAUAAAGGAUUAUGUCGACGAUCCUAUCAAUAGAAUAAACUUUAUUCAUUCAAAACCAUUUUACGAAGGCUUCAAAUAUCUAUUUAGUAAAACUGAGAAUCAGCGGUAUCACGCAGUAUUGAAAACUAUACAAACUGAAACAACCGGCAAUUCUAAUAUAGUCGACGAAUGCCUUGUACCUCAUACUCGUAAGCGCAUAUUCUUGGUGACUGAUUUGAUAACUCGCCAGGCCCAAGGAUUUAAUAAAUUUUUUAACUCACAACGUGAAUGUAAAAUAUGGUGGAUGCGAUUUAGUUCAGAUCCUAGUAAAUACUUUUUAGACCCAUAUGAUUUUAAAGAGGUCUCUGAUUCCGCCCAUAUUCCCACUGGCACGCAGUCAAUCACAAUUAAAUCGAAAUUACCGUAUGCCAUACUCGAUGUCGAAAGCAUUACUUUUGUACCGUUAACAGGAGCUCACCUGGAUAAAAGUGUGUCGCAGCAUUUCAGUAAAAACAGUGAUCAGAAUAUACCCGCAGUUAUCCGUUCAGUUAUUGAUUUACACGCUGCAACAAGUGCCAUUCUUUUUGAUAGUGUUGAUAAUGAUCGUGAAAACACCUUGCUGCUUAACAGAAAGUUGGCUCCUUUUCAAUGUGCUGUGGCUUGCUUAAAUGAAGGUGAACAAUUAAGUGACUUGAAGGAUUUGUAUUUGCAUCUACAGUUUGUUCUCAAGCGGUCUGGUCUACGUUUGAUGAGUGAAAACAUAUCUGGGGCGUCCCGAAAGGAAUUGGAUAUUGGACUCCAGAAAUGUGAUUGCCUUGGCAUCCCGUAUAUACUGAUCAUUGAUGAAAGCACACUUAUGACGGGCUUAUUAAGUUUACGUAGCCGUGAUACUACGCUCGAGGAAACAAUACAUAUUAGUGAUAUACCAGGAUAUUUAUUACAAAUAUUUUCCAGUUGAAAUGCAUGGCAUUAAAAGAGCAUGUUUAUGGAAUAAUUAA